AUGGUUUCUGACUCAUCUUUUGUGUCUCCUGAUGAAUUUUUGAAAGCUUACGGCAGUAUACUGGAGAGCAUUGGUGAAGAGUCUGGGAAGAAUUCAAAACCUUUAGUUUAUGAAGAUCCCCAUACAGUAGCCUUGUACAAACUUAUCGUCAAUCAGGGGUUUUUGAAACCGAGUAAUGGGGAUAAGAGCCUUAUAGAUCUUUGCGAAUCUCUUCUAACUGAUUGUGAAGAAUCAGCCCCACCUUCAAAUGCUAUCCAACAGCUAGUUACUCUUUUAAAUAAACCAGUUCUUAAGGCAUUAUUUAAUGCCUAUGACAAUGUGUCAAAUCAACGUUACACUCCACCACUACCAGAAAUACCGUUUGAAGUGGAUGAUGAUGAAGGAGUAGCAGUGAAAAUAGUUAGGCUUAUUCGAGGAAAUGAGCCGUUAGGUGCAACGAUAAAAUGCGACGCGAGUGGAGCGGUUUUCAUUGCACGGAUUAUUGCAGGUGGAGUCGCUGAUCGGAGUGCCUGUAUUCAGGUUGGGGAUCGUCUAAUUGAAGUUAACAAUGUUCCUGUAAACGGAAUGAAACCAACUGACAUUGUUCGGCUGCUGAAUGAUGGUACUGGAACUGUUGUUUUUAAACUUAUUCCUGCACGCAUUCCGACUAUUAUCGAAAGCGGUGAAAAACAGUAUCUUCGCGCUUUGGCUGAUUACUCUGGCCAUUCAGAUAGCUUGCACCCUUGCCCGGAAGCUGCAUUGUCUUUCAGGCGCGGUGAUGUGCUAGAACUUUUGGUUACAGCAGAUGAGCAUUGGUGGCAGGCAAAGUCGUUUGGAAAUGGUGCCUUUGUCAAUUGUGCACAAGAUAGUAAGGAUAUUCCAGAAAAAGUAGGAUUGAUACCUUCUGAAUUAUUGCAUUCAAAAAUACGUGCUCAAAGGGAAUAUGAAGAAAGAAGCAAGUUGGGGAAAAAAACACCUAGCGGUCUUUCUGAUUCUUCUGACGCACACCUUUACGAACCUGUCUGUUUGGCUUAUCCCGAUACAUCGCUGAUUAGACCUAUUGUUUUGAUAGGUCCAAGUGGAGUAGGCAGAAAUGAACUGAAGAGGCGUCUGAUAAUGUCAAAUUGUGAGAAGUUUACCACCACUGUGCCACACACGAGUAGGCCACCAAGACUGCAUGAAAUACCCGGUAUCGACUAUCAUUUUGCUAACCGUGAAGACAUGGAACAGUGGAUUGUUCAAGGAAGAUUUUUAGAAUUCGGGGAAUAUAAAGGGAACAUUUAUGGAACGUUGAUUGAUUCUGUGGUGGAUGUUAUAAAGAAAGGUAAGACACCAGUUUUAAACCCUCAUCCUUUGGCGCUUAGGAUUCUUCGCUCUCAAGAGUUCAAAGCUUUUGUGAUAUUUAUUCGCCCUCCAUGUUUGGAAAAACUAAAAGAGACUCGACAGCAGCAUUUUUUAUUGCAAACAGAAGCGAGUAGCGUUGGUUGCAAUACCGUUGGUCGAAGGUUUAGCGAUGCAGAUUUAGAACAAAUGGUCGCGUCGGGAGAACACUUAUAUCAGAUGUACGGGCAUCUCUGUGACGUAGUACUGGUAAAUGAAAACUUAGAUUUUACUGUGAAGCAACUGUGCCAAACUGUAAUUAAACUUGAUAAUUCACCCAGUUGGAUGCCAGCUAGCUGGGUUGAAUAG